GAACCGGUCAUUCAAUGCCUCACCGUCCUCUCAUCUCAAUUCUCCCUCACCCCACACCCGCAUGUUACUUUAUCAUCUCACCAUCACCGCCUUUCUUUUUCCUCAGUCGUUAACUUUCUCUCUAUCUUUCUCUCUGCAAUCUAAAAAAAUACAACACUUUCUCUCUCCUCUCUCUCUCUCUCUCUCUCUCUCCCCCUCUCUUAUGUGCCGUAACUUAUAGAAACCGUUAUUAUUACCGAUGUCGUUAAUGAAGGCCUUUCGUUCUCGCAAAAUCUCGAGAUCUUUCAAGGAGGUUCAAACUCUCGAUGCUGCCUGCGAUGAUCGGAGAGGAAUUUCCGACGGUGCAUCGGUGGAUGGAACUGAUUGGGCCACCAUGCUUCCGGAUCUCCUUGCGGAGAUUAUUAAACGAGUGGACGACGCCGAGGAACAGUGGCCGCAUCGUCAAAACGUCGUUGCUUGCGCCUGCGUUUGCAAACGGUGGAGAGAUAUCACACGCGAGAUCGUACGGUCGCCUUCACGUAACGGCAAAAUUACUUUCCCCUCUUGUCUUAAACAGCCAGGACCACGUGACCUUCCUCACCAAUGUCUUAUAAAACGGAAUAAGAAGACCUCUACAUUUUACCUCUAUCUUGCCCUUACACCAUCAUUCACAGAUAAAGGGAAGUUUCUAUUAGCAGCUAGAAGAUAUAGGUGUGGCACCCAUAUUGAGUAUGUUAUAUCGCUUGAUGCUGAUGACUUAUCACAAGGAAGCAAUGCUUAUGUUGGAAAGCUAAGCUCCGAUUUUCUUGGUACCAACUUCACAAUUUUUGACAGCCAGCCUCCCCAUAAUGGUGCCAAACCAUUAAGUGGCAAGGCUAGCCGACGUUUUGCCAGCAAACAGAUAAGCCCUCAAGUUCCUGCUGGUAACUUUGAGGCAGGGCUUGUCUCCUACAAGUUCAACCUUAUGAAAUCAAGAGGUCCAAGGAGAAUGAUUUGCUCUUUGAAAUUUCCUGUCUCAUCAAUGGGUGAAAGGUCAGAUAGCAGAUCUUUAGAUGGCAAAAAGAUGCACCAUAAAGAACAUGUUUCUUCCGGUUACACAACCUUGAAGAAUAAAGCUCCAAGGUGGCACGAGCAUUUGCAAUGCUGGUGCUUGAACUUUCAUGGUCGUGUUACAGUGGCAUCUGUGAAGAACUUUCAGCUGGUUGCUACUGUGGACCAAAGCCAACCAGGAGGGAAAGGAGACGAAGAAAAAGUUCUUCUUCAGUUUGGUAAAGUAGGGGAUGAUACUUUCACUAUGGACUAUAGGCAACCCUUAUCUGCCUUUCAGGCAUUUGCCAUUUGCUUAACUAGUUUUGGCACUAAACUGGCUUGUGAGUAAUAUAAUUUCGGUAUCAUUAUGCUUAUUUAUCAUAUGGAUUUUAUAAAGUGAAUAGUUUUUUUUUCCUUCACUCGGAUGAGUCUACAAUUUGAUUGCUGGAAGCUUGUUGUAAAUGUUAUAUUAUUAUUAUUAUUAGAAGAUAAUAUCUUCCAUAAUCAUAUAUUUGUGGUCUCUGCUGCAGAUGAUCCCUUAUAAAUUA